GCAAAUUCAAUGAUUCCGUAAAUUAUUAUUAUUGUGAAUUUGUGACGUCUACCACUGUCCACGACACUGACUUUUGGUGUUUUUCAUUAUUAUUAUUAUAACUAUUAUUGCUUUAUAAAUUACAGAUUUCAUACAAAUAUCCAAAUAAGUAUUAUAACAUAAUAUCACUGUAUUAUCAAAAGUUAUUACAAUUACAGAAUUUCCAUCGCCGUAAAACAGAUUGAAGAAUGGUUUCCUUUUUGAUGCUAUCGCGAAAUAUGUAAGAAUACAAAUUCUGAGUGUUUUAGUCGGGUUACCAAAUUCACAAUGUCUUCGAGGGUGUUGCGAAAAAUGGGCUUGCAGGAUGAUCGCGACCUGCCACCUGUUAAAGACGAUGCAAGCGAUGAUACCGAAACCAGUUCUGGAGGAGUAAACAAAAAGCGACACUUGAAUAUGUAUGACUUGCUUAAUAAUGGUUCCAUGUCCGAGUCUGAAGUCAAAGAAGACGAUGAUCAUGAGACUACUGGUUCCAUUAACAAGAAAGAUGAAAACAUGUCAUACGAUAAAGAAAAUAUUAGAAGGAAAAAGAAGAAAAAGCGAAAGAAGUCUGGUAAAGUAUUGUCAUCACACACUCGCAGCAGUGAAGAUAAUGUUGAGGACGAAGUGGAAAGAAGUGUCCGUGAAGUAAAUAAAAUAUUGGGUGAAGUACCCGACAAAGGUGAAGAUGAAGAUGAUGAAGCUACUUCUUCUCAGAAUAUGCUAAACAACCGUGAAACUAUAUUUUUUAAAAAUAUUUUAUCUGUACAGCAUAGAAAUCUUAACCCAAAUAAUGAACUACGCAAAAUGUUUGGACGUGUUGUUCAUCAAGCUGAGCUAAGCAAACGUAAGUUUAGAGGAAGAAAUCAUUUGAAAACCACAUGGUUGGUUACACCUAAAGACAAUUGGCCACCUGUCGGCAAAUCAGGUUCAACAAUGAAAUAUUUGGAAAGCAAAAAUGGUAUUAUGUAUUUCGCCUUUGAACAUAGUCCAGAAUAUCAACAAGUUCAGACGCAACUCUAUACAGCUGUGUCUCAUAUGUCAUCGGGAAAUCUGGUGAAUAUUAUCAAUAACCAUCCAUAUCACGUUGAUGUACUGUUACAAAUGACAGAAUGGGCACGACUUAGUGAAGACUUGCCAGUUGCAGCUGAACUUACAGAACAGGCAUUGUACUCAUUAGAAAAUUCAUUCCACCCCAUGUUUAGUUUGUCAAAUGGAAAAUGUCGUUUAGACUACCGUUUACAUGAAAAUAGAGCGUUGUUCCUGACUUUAUACAGACAUUUAACAUUUGUUGGACUUAGAGCUUGUUAUCGCACAGCUUUGGAAUUCUGCAAACUUCUUUUGUCUCUAUCUCCAAUGGAUGAUCCUCUUGCUGUAGUACUAUGUAUCGAUUUUUACGCUUUACGUUCUUCUGAAUAUACAUGGUUCAUUCAUUUCGUGAAUGCUUUUGAUGCUGCAAGAAAUCUAACACAGCUUCCUAAUAUCAAGUUUUCUCUUGCUGUUGCUAAAUGGCAAAAAGGUGAUGUUGAAACCGCACAUACAUUAUUACAAGAAGCAUUAAUGAUGUUUCCUGGAGUUCUAAUACCUUUGUUAGAAAAGUGUUCCAUCCAGGCUGAUAAACGAGUCAAUGCACAUUCUUUUUUCACAACUUAUGCUACUGAAACACAACCGAAAUCAUUAUCUUAUUUAAUAUCUAUGUAUGUAACGAGGAGUUAUCAUAUAUGGAAAGAAGUUCAACUGUUACCAUGGCUUGAACGCAAUGUACAAAUUGUACUUGAUAGAGUUGAUGCUAAGGACCCGGUAGUAAAAAACAUGGAAAAUUUACGAGCGACUUUAUACAGUGCCAAACCACCAUUGAAUAUACACAGACAUUUGUUGUUGUCAGACAUGAGUGACACAAUUGCACCUCCAGCUGAGGCGGUAACAAAUCCAAUUCUCAUUAUGGAUCCGUUUCCUCCGCCAGAUGGUACAUCAUUUUACAAUUCCAGAUCACAUCAUGAAAGCAUCAGUAGAACGGCUGUGGAAAAUCAUUCACUUUUCUCUACAUUCUUCCGGUCACUAAACCCUGUGUUUCAAGCCCUUUCUGAUGAAAGUAAUGUUGACGAAGAAUUAGCAGCUGAGGCUGAAGCUGUUGCAAGACCUGUUAUAACAAUGGUCGGUGAGCAAAUUGAAGAAAUGAGAAGUGAUUUACGUCAAAGUGUCAACUCUUUGUUAGACGCCAUGAGAGAUUUGCUGUCCAAUGUACAUUCACCAAAUGUACCAGCUGAUGGUGAUAUAGAUGAUGAUUCUGAGCUUACGGAUACAGCAUAAUAGUAAAAUUUAAUAAAGUUUGUCAGAAUUUUUUUUUUUGUGUUCCAAAUAUCUUAUAAUUAUUUUUAAGUUUUUAUUAAAUUUAAAUUAUUUUGCAUUAGAAGACUGGGCUCAUUCUUAUGUGUGUAUUAUAAUCUAUUGUAAUAUUAUUUUAACUAUAUUAUUAAAUUUGUGUAUAGACGAAAUAUGAAAAAUAUUAUUUUCAUCACAAAUCUCAAACAAUUUUAACCUUGCCCAUACUACUUGGUAAAACCAUUUUCUUAAUUCUUUAUGCCUACAUAACUAUUAUAAAUCUUCAAGCUACCAUUAAACUUAUAUUAGAAGUUAGGAAUGUGUAUCCAAUUAUAAUUUAUUUAACAUGUAUCAUUGUAACUUAUAU